CGGGGGACCCCGCGGGAGGCGGGAUUGCGGGGAGGGCCCUGGGCCGCCCCCUCCCGUCCCCUGAACGCCCCGCCUGCCCACCAGGAGCGUCAGACUAGAAGGCAAGGGCUGGCGGUGUGCCCCGCGCGCUCUGCCUGCUUGGCUCCGGGCUCCUACCUGUAGAGUCCUGGGGGGCGCCCCCUCCCCGGACACCUAUCCUGUCUCCUAUUUCGGAAACCUCCCGUCCAGCUUCCCUCGUCUUGAACAGACGGCGCUGGAACCCCGGGACAGGGUGCUAGGCUCGCUGCUGGUGACAUGUAGAUGCCCUCCCCGCCGCAAUCCAGCCUCACAACCUGGGCGCCCUCCUGGCCGGAAAGUUUGGGGCUAGGCGCCAUGGCCAAGAGCAGCUCCUUGAAUGUCCGCGUGGUGGAGGGCCGGGCGCUGCCCGCCAAGGACGUGUCUGGGAGCAGUGACCCCUACUGCAUAGUGAAAGUGGACGACGAGGUGGUGGCCAGGACAGCAACCAUCUGGCGGAGCCUGAGCCCGUUCUGGGGGGAGGAGUACACAGUGCACCUGCCCCUGGAUUUCCACCAUCUGGCCUUCUACGUGCUGGACGAGGAUACAGUGGGGCACGAUGACGUCAUAGGCAAGAUCUCACUGAGCAGGGAGGCCAUUGCAGCUGACCCGCAAGGAAUUGAUAGCUGGAUCAACCUGAGCUGCGUGGACCCGGAUGCGGAGGUGCAGGGUGAGAUCUGUCUGGCUGUGCAGAUGGUGAAGGAUGUGCGUGGCCGACGUCUUCGCUGUCAUGUGCUCCAGGCCAGGGACCUGGCCCCUCGAGACAUCACCGGCACCUCUGACCCAUUUGCACGUGUGUUUUGGGGCAGCCAGAGCUUGGAGACUUCGACCAUCAAGAAGACUCGCUUCCCACACUGGGAUGAGGUGCUGGAGCUGCAGGAGACACCAGGCUCCCCAUCCCCGCUGCGGGUGGAACUCUGGGACUGGGACAUGGUUGGCAAGAAUGACUUCUUGGGCAUGGUGGAGUUUCCCCCGCAGGUCUUGGAGCAGAACCCCCCCAAUGGCUGGUUCCACCUUCUGCCCUUUCCCAGAGCAGACGAGGACGCUGGGGGGAACCUGGGUGCUCUGCGGCUGAAGGUGCGCCUGACCGAGGACCGCGUCCUCCCCAGCCAGUACUACCAGCCACUCCGGGAGUUGCUCAUGGAGUCUGUGCUGGGGCCGGCAGAGGAGGAUGCUGCUAGCCCCCUGGCUGUCCUGGAGGAGCUGACCUCAGGGGACUGCCGCCAGGAGCUUGCCACCAAGCUGGUGAAGCUCUUUCUUGGCCGGGGCCUGGCUGGGCCCUUUCUGGACUAUCUCACCCGGCGCGAGGUGGCACGUACCACCGACCCCAACACCCUCUUCCGUUCUAACUCCCUGGCAUCCAAGUCAAUGGAACAGUUUAUGAAGCUCGUGGGCAUGCCCUACCUGCACGAGGUCCUGAAGCCGGAGAUUAGCCGCGUCUUCGAGGAGAGGAAGUACAUGGAGCUGGACCCUUGCAGGAUGGACCUGGGCCGCACCAGGAGAAUCUCCUUCAAGGGUGCGUCCUCAGAGGAGCACGUGCGGGAGGCCAGCCUGGAGCUGCUGACCGGCUACCUGGGGCCCAUCGUGGAUGCCAUUGUGGGCUCCGUGGGGCGCUGCCCGGCCGCCAUGCGCCUCGUCUUCAAGCAGCUGCACCAGCGUGUGGAGGAGCGCUUCCCCCAGGCGGAGCACGAGGAUGUGAAGUACCUAGCCAUAAGCGGCUUUCUCUUCCUGCGAUUCUUUGCUCCUGCCAUCCUCACCCCGAAGCUGUUUGACCUCCGGGACCACCACGCAGAUCCCCAGACCGGCCGCUCACUGCUGCUGCUUGCCAAGGCUGUGCAGAGCAUCGGAAACCUGGGCCAGCAACUGGGCCAGGGCAAGGAGCUGUGGAUGGCCCCCCUGCACCCCUUCCUGCUGCAGAGUACUUCACGUGUGAGAGACUUUCUAGACCAGCUGGUGGACGUGGAUGGGAAGGAGGAGGCUGGGGGCCCAGCCAGGGCCCUGGUCCCACCCUCGGUGACUGUUCGAGAAGGCUACCUGCUGAAGCGCAAGGAGGAGCCCACCGGCCUGGCCUCACGCUUUGCCUUCAAGAAGCGGUACUUCUGGCUCAGCGGGGAGAUGCUCUCCUACUCCAAGAGUCCUGAGUGCCAGAUGCGCACCUCCAUCCCGGUGUCGCACAUCCGCGCGGUGGAGUGCGUGGACGAGGGCGCCUUCCAGCUGCCGUACGUGAUGCAGAUGGUGACGCAGGACGGCGCGGGGGCGCCGCACACCACCUAUCUCCAGUGCAAGAAUGUGAACGAGCUCAACCAAUGGCUGUCGGCCCUGCGCAAAGCCAGCGCCCGCAACCCGGACAAGCUGGCCACCUGCCACCCGGGCGCCUUCCGCAGCGCCCGCUGGACCUGCUGCCUCCAGGCCGAGCGCUCAGCUGCCGGUUGCAGCCGCACACACUCGGCUGUCACCCUGGGGGACUGGAGUGACCCGCUGGAUCCCGAUGCUGAGACUCAGAUGGUAUAUCGGCAGCUGCUCCUCGGGCGGGACCAGCUCAGGAUGAAAUUCCUGGAGGAUUCCAACAUGGAUGCAACUCCGGAGGCAGACCCAGAGAGGGGCUCCAGUGCCACGGAAGGGGCCUGUCCUGAUGCCCUGGCUGGGCAGAGAGAGGCCGCCGCCCGCCUGCUGGAGGUGCUCGCAGACCUGGAUCAAGCCCAUGAGGUGUUCCAGCAGAAGGAGCAGGGGAAGGUGGCCCUGGGGUGCCUCAGACCCUGAGGAGAUGCCAGAGUGAGCCCAGAAGGAGGAGUAAGGAGCUGGUGGGCCCUUCCCGGCAUCCCCAUCCCAGGAGUCUCCUCAUGGCUGUCCUGUGCCUCACUGAUGCUGUGGCUCGCAGGCUUCUGGAAAUAUCCUAGUCCCAUGUGUCCUAAGCCUGGAAUGCAGGGCAUUGAAGCCCUCUGGCAGGGGACCAGCCUUGUACUGAAUGAGUCUCACCCUCUGGGUUGAGGCAGACUGGAGUAGAUGGAAUAAGGAAUCUGACUCACUUGGCUAAGCCUGAGGUCUUUACUUCACUGUACUGGCCUCUACCCACACUGACCAGGUCAGUCUGGCCCUGAGCUGCUGGAUACAGCUGUACCUGAAUCCCUAAUACACAUGUGGCCCCAGACAGGCACUAAACGGGCUCAGCCCUUCCUGUU